CUAUUGCUUGAUGCGAUCGUUGCAUUUCUGCGAGCUUUCGUUGUCGAGGAGUGCGUCAGUGCAGGUCCCCGUCAAGUUGCAUCAUUCAGUAUUGAAAAGAAGCAGCUCACCACUAUAGAUAUCACCCCAGUUACAAGACCGAUGAUCGAUUUUUGUGUGCUUGGCUCACAGCCACAGCAGCUGAAAUCGCCUCUCUGUGUGCCUGAUCGAUUAUUAUCAGUAUUAUCUGGCGUCUUCUCGGUGUUUAUCAUUGCUGAAACAUCGGAUGAGCGAUCCUCGUUGUCAUCAACGGACAAAGAAUGGGCGCUAUCACGAUUGCGCGAGAGGUCACUUCCGGAAGAUUUCGACGUAGAGCUGCGAAAAAUUUCAUCCGGUGUGAUUGGCAUUUUGCAGAAAGGAAGCAUUUCCCAGAGGCUGCGAAACGCACUGCAAGCACUGAAUCUACCAGCAAGAUAA